AGCAGCAGCAGCAGCGGGACAAAGGGCCGAGGCGAAAGCGGAUCGCAACCUGGACUGGACCUGCUUGGCUUAAGGAACUCCUGAAGCGGAGUGAAGCAAUCGCGCCCGGAGGGAGGAUCGGGUGGGCGGAGGGAGGGAGAGAGUCGAAACCGGUUUCUAGUUUUGCAAACAAAGAGGAGGAGGAGAGAAAGAAAGGCGGAGUUCGGGAUUCCGGUUCUGGUUCGGCGCCGAGUUAUUGCCCUUGUGUGUAAGAAGAGGCCAGAUCCAGAUCCCGUCGCACGUGCCGCAAGGAACGAGGAGCAGCGAUCCAGCAAACCAAACCAAAUAAAGGACCCCCCGCUUCCUUCCCUGGGUUUGGACUGCACGUGGCGCUAGUCCUCUUGAGGCUCGGUUCUGGGCAGACUUCGCAUCGAGCUCUCUCUCUCUCUCUCUCUGCCUGCCCCUCCCUCUCGGGUUUUGGUUCAGCCGUGUGGGGUUUGGGUGGGGAAGCCCAAUCCGGUGCUGGGGCUACUUCUGCCCUCUGGAUCCAACCCGGGGGUCCCCACCACGUGGCGUCGGGGAAGGAAAAGAAGACAAAAGGAAGACUCGCCAGGGCAGGAAGCGGAGUCAGCGAUUCCGUGUGUGUGUGCGGUUGAUCCGCGCUCUUUUUCCUUCGCGCGCUCCGGUUCCGAUCCGGUUCGGAUGGCGGCGCCUUGCAGCCCAGAGAGCGGCCCCCCGGCGGCUGCGGGGACGGGGCCCCGGGUGUAUUUCCAAAGCCCCCCGACGGGAGAACCGGCCGCAGAGGAAGAGGAGGGCCCGGUCCGGCGCCAGGGGCGGGUGACGGUGAAAUACGAUCGCAAAGAGCUCCGAAAGAGGCUCCACUUGGAAGAAUGGAUCUUGGAACAGCUGACGGUCCUCUAUGACUGCCAGGUAAAAACUCCGAAAUCCUCCUCUCGCACUUGGGUUUCCCUACAAUCCCUUAAAAUUUAGCCUCCUUCCAUCAUUCAGGGGCUAGAUCGCGGCCCCUAUAACCCAGACCCACGUUAUGUCAUCCCCUUAAUGUGUGUGGAGCCUGUUACAUGAAUUUCAACUGCCCACCCAAUGAAUCUUGUUCCUACAGUUGCAGGCUUUGUGCUACUCCCACCCCACAAAAAUUACUUGUAAUAAUUUCUUUUUUAAGGUCUCUGCCCCCAGGAACUUGCUCAAUCUUGAGGAAGGAAAAGGUUUACGGACCCCAAAGUAUACCCUAUGCCCCAAUACCAUCUUGAUCUGGAGGGCAGGCCUCCUGGUCACAUAAACAUAACCUUUACAAUAAUAUUAUUUCCCAUCACAGCAGUACAAAGAAAGUGGUGGAUAACAAAGAGAAAUGAAUGAGACGCUGUCUAGAAAUGCAGGCUUGACUUUCAAUUCGAUGCCCCUGCCACCUCCCAGAAAAGUCCCUGAAAACCCGGCCCUUUUAUGUUGGUGUCCCCCAAAUCCACUCUUCUGGAGACUUUAAUGUCUCCAGCUCCUCCACCCUGUUACAUCCUCCUUAUAACCCAGCUUAGAUCCUAGAUCAGCUCACGCAGCCUCUUCCCACCCCACCCCACCUUGUCCCCCCAUAUAUGCUGCCCCAUUACCCUCCAAUGCAGCCCGGGUUCAGGGAGUGGCUACCCAGGCACUCCCACCAAAGGGACAUUGAGGACUAGUGACCCGCAGAGUGGGGGACUCACUCCUUGGCAAAUUCCACCCACUGAAUCUGGGGACCAUUUGUAAUCCAAUUUACACCCCAUAUUGAACCCCUGCCCCGUCCCAAGCUACAGGCCUUCCCCCUCUCUGCAGCCCCAAGAACAAACGCCCUUAGUUUUUGGAAGGCCCCCCAUUUCCAUUGAGUGGGCCCGAUGCCACCCCUCCCAUUUUUUAUUCCUCCCCAAACCCACACUUGGGUGCUUGUUCCCCCCCCCCCCUCAGAACCACAGACAAAUUUGUGGUUUCAAGGCCUGCUCCUCUCCAGAGAAAAUGGUUUCCACAGACCAGAAGAAAACUCUUUCCCCAGCCCCCCAAACCCAACUUUUAUUCAUUUAUAUUUUUAAUUUAAAAGGGCAUUAUCUAGCGAUUUUUGGCUCGCCAGGGCAUCUUGUGUUCCCCUUAUCUCCGCUGGGCAUUUGACCCUGUGCCAGUUUUCCUCUUUCCGCUUGCCAAAUUUUGGAGCGUACGCUUCAGAAGUGACCACAUGCCCAACAAAAUGCUUCACCCUCUCCCUCCCAUCCCAAGAUUCUCCGGUUCUUCUUCCCUGCCCUAAAGACUGGAGAGAUGGUGAUGCCAGGACCCCUGCUUUUAUUCCCCACCCCCUCCAACUAAUGCUGAAGGUCACUUAAGGUCAGAGGUACUCAAAGGCCUUCAUGGGGCCUGUGUUUGAAUCCUUCUUUUCCCCAACCCCUCUUGAAAAAGAGCAAGGGGAGGGAGUUAUCCUCUCCUGAUUUUGCAGCAUUGUGGGUGGGUGGAGGGAUUGUGCCUGGGGAGUGGCGUUCCCCACCCUCUCUGCUGUGCAUGCUAUGCCAUUCUGGGUUUGGAAGUGUGGCCUUAGGCCGCAAAUGCAGCUGUCUCUUGAGAGGAGCAGCUGUCUUUUAAGAUACGGCUUUUCUUUUUCUUUCUUUAACGCUGCAAGAUGCUUGUUGCCAGAAACCUUAAGGGGAAAAUGGGUGGGUGAGAUUGAAACCAAGUAGGGGUGUGGGCGGUUGAUGGCACUAACCCUGCCCCCCCCCGGACUUGCGGCCAAGGUAGCAUUCGAACGCGAGACCAGUGUCUAAUUUUUUUACUGUCCAGGCCGCAGCGGCAGGAUCAACUUUCUGUCUGCCCUCUCCUUGUGUGUGCCUGCACACACACACACACACACACACACACACACACACCCGCCUGCCAAAUGUCAUCUGGCAGCUGGCCAGCCCGCUUACUGGGGUGGGGUGGGAUUUAGCCAGCCAUAUGGGGCUUGCGUCUGAGUAGGCUAAUGGGGCAGUAAGUAGCUAGUCAAGAGGGUCCGAAGAGGAGCCGCUGGGUCCUUGCAAAACAAAACACACACUAGUUGAUUCACAAAUUCCAGGGGGAGUGUGUGCGUGACCCAGUUACCUUUGCCCUUGUUCUGCGGCUGAGAACGUACCUCAGCUGUUUGAAUUCUCCUUUGCAUCCCUCAAUGACUCCCUUGUUACUAGGCUGUGCCUUUCGGCUGGAGGUACCAGUCAGGGCAAGUCCGGCGUGGAUUUAGCAGGGAGCUUAAAGGAGCUUAGGGUUGCAGCCAACGCAGCCCUGCUCAGAGUAGACUCGCUGAAAUUAUUAUUUAUUAGAUUUUUAUACCGCCCUACAUCAGAAGGUCCCAGGGCACUUCACAAUAUUAACAUGAAUGGACUUGCAUUGCUCAGUGCCUUUUAUCGUUUCAAUAGGUCUGCUCUAUAGUAGGAUUAACCCCACUUACAACCCUUAAUCUGCAACCCCACUUACCUGGGAGAAAGCCCCACUAAAUUAUUAUUAGUAGUAGUACUAUUAUUAUUAUUAAUCAAUUAAAUUUGUAUACCACCCUGUACUCAGGUCUCAGGGCGGUUACAAUGUAACAUUACAAUAAAAAAAACACAAAAUAAAUAAUAAAAACAAACAAACCCCCUUAUUGGGGUUGUUCCCCAACACAUUUUAAAAGGAUGUCAGUCAGCCAAAGGCCUGGUUAAAGUGGAACGUUUUCUCUGGUCACCUAAAAGUGUCUAAUGAAGGGGCCAGUGGGGCUUCCUUCCGAGUAGACUUGGUUAGGAGCCAGCUGCUGGGGUCUCCUGCUGUUUUUGGACUACAGUUCCCAUCAUCCCUGGCCACUAGUCCUGCUAGCUAAGGAUGAUGGGAGUUGUAGUCCAAAAACAGCUGGAGACCCCCAUUUGGGAAACCCAGGACUAGAUGAUCCUCAGGGUCCCUUCCCACUCUCUGAUGCUAUGAGUAGCAUGUACGGGAAGCAUUUCAAGCACAUGGUUCCUCCCCCCCCCCCCCCCGGAAUCAUGGGAACUGUAGUUUGUUACAGGUACUGGGAAUUGCAGCUCUGUGGCAGGGGGAAACUACAUUUCCCAGGAUUCUUUGGAGGAAACCAUGACAGUUAAAGUGACACAAACAUGCUUUAAAGGUGUGGUUGCGGAUGCCAAACUCUUCUAAGACGGUGCCUACCAUCCAUAUUUUGUUUUCCUUCAAAAAUGACUUCUAAAACUUUCAAAACUGCUGUCCAAUAAAUAAAUGCUUUACACAACAGGUUGUGGAUUCCUCCCACCCACUUACUCUAACUGAUGAACUGACUAAAAGUCCUCUCAGGGAGGCGAGGCCUCUCUGCUACCCUAAAGCCUGGGGAAUUAAGAUCUGCCUCCAGUUUCCCACAGAUUGCCUAGAACUCCCUCUAAUAACAAACUCUAGCUAGUGAGGAAAAAAGACGAGGCUUUUGGGGGAACCCCAAGGUUUCCAAAUGUACAAAGAAAAAUUGUGUGGAACCUAAGACACCACCCCACCCACCUCCCCAAGCAACCCAAGAGUUCCUGUUGGCAUGGGGUAUCCUGAAAAGGGCAUGGCUGGCUGGCUGGCCACGUUUUGUUACCACUCUUGAGUACCUCUUGAGUGCUAAGCACUGUACACAGGACCAAAGCCUGCUGUAUAAGGGCAGCAGAAUUAGGUGGUUUGAGAACAUUUUCUGCCUUGAUGACGUGCAUCAAAAGGGUAUGUGGAGGAGGGCAUUGAAAUGAUCCGCUCUUCCCCACCUCCUUUUUCAGUGCCAGUGUAGGAUUAGGCGAACAGACCGGCAUCCUCCUGACCUAGAAGGUUCAACUGUUCAACUUUUAAAACAGUUGAAGCCAGGAAAGGAGGGAAUGACAGUGAUUAAUCACAUGCCCACCCACCCGCCCCCAGCACAACCUUCCCAGUUAGGGACUAGAGGGUGGAAGCCUCAACAUUGUAGCUGCUUGAGGGGGUGUGGGAAUGCCUGCCCCCAAAUGAGCUGAAUCCCAAAGGGGUGUGUGUACACACACACAAACAAAACUUGUAGCAGAUGAGUGUGGCAGGAUUCCAGUCCUGGGAAGUCUGGAAACAAAAUCCUUGAUAACAUCCCUCUCCUUGAGAAGGCAGAGAGAAAACAACUUCUUAUACCCAACUGGUCCUCUAAUUGCCUCUGUCUAUGGGGCAGGGAGAUGCCCUUUUACUAGACACCUUAAAAAGGUAAAGGGACCCCUGACCAUUAGGUCCAGUUGUGGCCGACUCUAGGGUUGUGGCGCUCAUCUCGCUUUAGUGGCCAAGGGAGCUGGCGUACAGCUUCCGGGUCAUGUGGCCAGCAUGACUAAGCCGCUUCUGGCGAACCAGAGCAGCAAACGGAAACACCGUUUACCUUCCCGCCAGAGCGAUACCUAUUUAUCUACUUGCACUUUGACGUGCUUUUGACCUGCUAGGUUGGCAGGAGCAGGGACCGAGCAACGGGAGCUCACCCCGUCGCGGGGAUUCAAACCACUGACCUUCUGAUGGGCAAGUCCUAGACUCUGUGGUUUAACCCACAGCACCACCUGCGUCCCUACUAGACACCUUACCAAUGCUGAAAUUAUAUGGAGAGGUAGGUAGGGGGUGAAGUACCCCCUCCCCACAGCAUCCUAAAAGGGGUCGCAUUGUUCCUGUAAUCUGAACACUGCAACUCUGCCCUUUAUUAUACAAUUUGAGUUCAUUUGAAUCUCGCACUCUCAGCCUGCCCCCCCCCCCCCGCCAAUCCACUGCCCUGGGUAAGGUUUUUACAUGCAGAACUCCUUUCCUGCUCCAGCUGCGCGCGCGCGCACACGCGCACACACACACACACACACACACACACCCCUCUUCAAACAAUAAAAUGACUGGAUUCCUGGCAGGUUCUUCUCUUUGUCUUCUUAUAGGAAGAGGAGAUUCCGGAGUUAGAAAUAGAUGUUGACGAACUCCUGGACAUGGAGAGUGAUGAGUCUCGGAGCGCCCGAGUGAAGGUAGGAGCUGUGAAAGCUAGGUUGAAAAGGGGGAGAGUAUCCCUUCCUUCUCCACAGCCCCCCCCCCCAGAAAAGGAGGGGUUGAGAGGAGGGGCCCCCGUGCGCUGCCUGGGAAGACCAGAUGCUGUCUUCGCACGAUGGCAGCCAAGCAGUGGGUGGGCUGUUCUGGUCAGCAAUCUGGAGACCAUACGUAUCUGCCAAUAUUUCUUUAUAUAUCAAUAAAAAGAGAGGCCUUCUGUUGCUGCCAUAAACACUCAGGAUUUGGCUAGAGAUUAAGGGUGAGUUUUAGACUGGGAUUUCUAUUUUCGGAAUGUAUCAGAAAUGGGGAACCCACAGAUGUCACCAGGCUCCCAUUAGCCCCGCUUAGCGUCACCAGUGGGUUUGGGGGUGAUGGCAGUAUAGCGACUUAUCUGGGGGGGCACGGGUCCCCCCAUACCUGCUCUACCACCUAAAAAUUUACGAUCCAAGUCCCCAUGGUUCUCAAAAUAGGAAAAUGGGAAUCUGGUUCAUGUGGAGUCAGACUAUUAGUCUAUCUAGGUCAGGGCAGCCAACACUGGCUGGCAGCUGCUCUUCAGGGUUUCAGAUGGGGUUCUCUCCGAGCCCUGCCAUUAGGGAUUGAACCUGGGACAAGGCCUGUCCCUCAAUGAGAUCUGGGCGGACAGGGCUUCCCGCUUGUCCAAACCUUUGGCAUCUAAAUUUAUCGUUUCUUUUUCCAAAAAAACAGGAGCUCCUGGUUGACUGUUACAAGCCCACAGAGGUGAGUGCUUGCCUGCCUGCCUGCCCUGAGUCCACCCCACCCCGCUUUUCCCAUGACCCCUUAAAUGCUCCCACAUCCUUCCCUUCGAGAAGCUCCCCCAUGUCCCAGCCCUCCUUCCUUCGCAGCUGCUUUCUUGGCAGAUCAGGAGAGCAGCAGCAGCUGCCUCUGCCCAGCGCCAGCUCCCAAUCUUCUCCUGUUCCUUCCUUCUCUCACAGCAGGGAGGAGAGUCCCCUCCCAUUCCAGCACCUGUUAGGGGAGGGGCUGCUCAGCUGUCUCUCCUCCUCACCCUCCCUUUUCCCCUGGCAGAGAGAUUUCAGGGAAGGAUCUCAACCUGCUGGUUUCAUCACAGAAUGGGAGGCGUUGCUUGCGUUUGUCGUUUCUGCCCCUGGGGUGGAAGUAGGCAAGAACUGUCUUGCUGGAUCAGGCAGCUCAAGGGUGGGCAACCGCAGGCCGUGCUGCCUGGCUCGCCGAGGCCUCUUUGUCUGGCCCUUGGGAUGCUCCCCAGGCCCUGCACUGGCUUGGCUCCCCCUUCCAGCUCUUCCGCCUGGCUGGAAGAGAGAUCAUGACUCUUGCUUGCCUGGCCACAGAGAGCUGUCCUGGUAGGAGGCUCUGAGUUUUGUGGGGCUGGGCAAAGAUAAAGAGUCUGUUGCCCCAUCCACGCAUGGGCAUGUGGCCCCCAGAAGGCGACUCCCUAGGAAAUCCGCCUCAGGGCUGGGAAAGUUUUCCCCAUCCCUGGCCUAGAUUGCAGUGCAGUUCCUAGAUUCCCAGCAAGUUAAGAAGCCGGCAAGCCAGGGCAUGAAGGCAGUGCUCUCCCUGCCCAUUUGUUGUCUGAGUUUGUAACACUCCAGUGUACUGCACGGGUCCAGUGCACAAGUGGUCGCACUGACCGACCCAAACGCCUUGUCCACACCUGAGCCUUACUGACUGAAACUCCUCCGACACAACAGGACCAGGCAGCGCUCUGGGCACCCUGUGAGAUUUCAUCUGCUUUAAGAUCUCGGUGGAUGCCAAUGAUUUUAUUCUCAAAAUGCUUUGCCAACAAGUCUGGCCAGACUGUAAGAGUCCCCUGCACCACAUGGAAAAGUUCUGCCGGAUGGCACAAUGAGGAUGCAAUGGAGGCAGCCAAGUAUGCCUUCUUUGUUGCCUCCACUGCCACUAGGCAGGCUCAAGUAUGAGCCCUCACCAGUGUUUGAUCUGAAUCCUUCCAUGCAGAUACCCCUAGAAGUUCACUAGCAGGAUGCAAAGAUGCCUGCCAGACUUUGUUCGUCCCUGGUGCCUGCAUUUCAGGGGUAGACUGCCUCUGUUUGUGGAGGUUCUGCUUGGCUGUAAUAACACAUUUAAAGCAGAGAAGAGGAACUCUUCUCUUUUUUAAUCUGAGGGCCACAUUGCAGGCUGUACCUCAGGUUAAGAACUUUGCUUUAGGAUGAGAACAGAAAUCACGAGGCGGCAGCUGGAGGCCUCAGGUUAAGAACAGACCUCCAGAACAAAUUAAGUUCUUAACCUGAAGCACCACUUUAGCUAGUGGGGCCUCCUGCUGCCGCCGCCCUGCCGGAGCACGAUUUCUGUUCUCAUCCUGAAGCAGAGUUCUUAACCAGAGGUACUAUUUCUGGGUUAGCGGAGUCUGUAACCUGAAGCGUAUGUAACCCAGGGUACCAGAGCCAGAAGCAAAAAUGGACAGGGCAACAGAUGUGUACAUUCCAGCCACAUAAGACCAAGCAAGCAAGAAGCAUUAUCACAGUUCCAAGUUUCCUCACCCGCAUUAAAACCUUCUGGGCUAAUGGGUAUCUUGUGAUGCAAGUUCCAAAAGUUAAUGAUGCACUGAAUUAUUGGGGGGCAGAGUUAAAAUACGCAGCCAGCUCGAGUCUACAAUUGUGUACACACUGUAUGUUUAAAGCACCCAAUUCCUCCCCCCACCCAAAAAAAGGAACCCUGGGCACUGUAGUUUACCCCACACUGAGCUACAAUUCCCAGCACCCUAAACAAACUAGAGUUCCCAGGAUUAUUUUUCCCCUGUAUGUACACAACCUAAAAGGAGGGCAGAUGAGAGAUCCGGUGCCUAUGCCUUUGACUCUGGGUUCCUCGCUGACGCCCCACCCUUUCCUCCUCUCCCCGGCCUCCUGUCGCCCACCAGGUUUUUGUUGCCGACUUGUUAGACAAGAUCCGUGGGAUGCAGAAGCUCAGCACUCCACAGAAGAAGUGACUUGCCACUGGUGUGAUGAUCUCCCAUCGCUGCCCUCCUUCCUCUUUGGAGAGUUUGUCAUUGUGACUCUGGCUGCUGGCUGGGUUGGAGAGGGAGAAGGGAGCUUUUCAGGGGUCCAGUGGAGAACCAGCUACUGCCCUUAUAAGAGAAGACCUUCCCUUUUCGGUGGGAUUGCCUUGAUAAUCAAAACCAUCUGGACACCUUUUUAGCAAUACCAAGCUGCUCCUUCCUGUCCGUCACCCUCCUCCACCCGUGAGCAUCAGAGGAGGGGAAGAGGAACGUCAGUUUUCCAGGGGAAGAGAAAGAGGGGUAGGAUCCUGAGAAAUCCUUUUUUUUUUUUUUUAGAACGUUUGGGUUGGGUUUUUUUUUUUUAAUUAUUUGCGUUUUUAUAUAAAUUUAAUAAAAAUGCUUUGAGAACAA